CUAGGCUCACUAUUUUUUCAGAUGUUUUCAAAUGUUUUGAACAAAUGUUAUGUUUUGUUGUUUUUGUGUGCACUUUCUUUAAACCAGUUGAAUUUGAUUUAAUUCUGUUAGGAUGACGGAUACUCGUUCAGAGUUAGUAAGGGCACUUAAUGAGAGUCUUUUAAAUGAAUCAAGCUUGGAAAAUUUUAUUCUUAGCCAUGGAACAGCUUUAACAUCACCCAAUCUAGAUGAAAGAACCAAAGGAAUCGAAACUCUUGCAGGUUACAUUGAAUUACUCAGUCCUGGAAGUUUGGGAGAAAUAGAAACCGAAUAUCUAACUGAAUAUUUGAUCUCUCGGUUAAGUGAUCACCAUUCGUUUAUUCCGAUCAUUGCUAAAUCAUUGCUUCAUCUUUCAAGAUUCUUUCCGAUCUCGAAUAAGCAAGCGAUAAGCAUUUUUACAGCUAUCCAUAGAGAAGUUGCCAAUCAACAGUUACCUAUUCAAGAGAGAUUUAUAAUUUACCAAUUAAUCGGUAGUCUAUUCUCAUCGCAUCUGGAAGCAUUUAAGUCAAUCAACAAUGAUUUUUUAUAUGGUUUCAUUCAAAUUAUGGAAGGAGAACGCGACCCUCGAUGUCUUCUUUUGUGUUUUGAUUUAUUCAACAAAGUAGUCAGUAGUUUAUCUCUAGGACAUUUAGAAGAAGAGAUAUUUGCUAUCGUCAGCUGUUAUUUUCCGAUUGUUUACAAUCCUACUAAAGAAAAAGGGAUUCAAAUCACCAGAGAUGAUCUUCACGAGGCUUUGAAAAAGUGCUUUAUGGCCAGUUCAUCUUUUGCUCCGUUUGCAUAUCUACUUUUUGUUGAAAAACUCGAAUCAGAUGUGGAAAGUGCUAAACUCGAUGCAUAUGACAUGAUCAUUAGUUGUACUCCUGUUUAUGGAAAAGCAGUUUCAUCGUUUCUUGGCUCAAUUUGGUCAGCCAUACGUUUCGACAUUUUGAGAAUAAAUGUAAACAAAAUUUCUGAAAAGGCUACCCAAGCUAUGAUUACCGUUCUUCUUUCAAUCAAAAAUUCACCUGAGUUAUCAGAUAAAUUUCUCAAAGAGGUGCUAGGUGACCUGGAUGGGGCACUAAAUAAGCUUUCUCUCAAACUUUUUGGAACAGCUAUUCAGUUUCUUGCAACCAUUAGUGCCUGUUGUGAUUAUUAUAUGAAAAAAAUUGGUUCACAUGUUUUGCCGAUUUUGAUGAAAAAUGUCAUAUUUGAUCAUUCUAGUGAACCCCGAGAAUUUUUGGAAGGAUUCAACCAUCUUUUUCGUUCAUGGAAAACUGUUCAGUCCAAUGAUCUUUUUCCACGGAUUCCAGAUCAAGAGAUACUUCUUACCCACCUACUUUCACUUUUUGACUCGCAUGAAAAUCACAUACGACUUAUUGCGGUUGAAUGUCUCUACAAUUUCGUUCAGUGUCCUUUCAAAUGGGAAUCCCAUGAAGAGCAAGCCCUAGCUCAUGGUCUUUUAUUUUUAACACUCAGUGAGCCUUCCUCUUCAGAUGAUAGAUUAAGGAAUAAAAUUAGAGAUUUACUUUCGGAAUUUAGUGCUAAAUAUCCAGAUUCAUGCCAGAAGGAAAUAACUCAAAAUUUGCUUGGAAAAUUACCUGACUCAUGUGAUUUGACAAAUGAUGAUCUGGAAAGGCUUUUAAGAUUAUCUGAAGCAUUGAAAUGCUGCUUACAAGCAAACCAACUUGCGGAAGAUAGCUCUAAAAAGAUAGCUAAUCUUGCCGUUCAAUUGUUUUAUCAAUCGCAGGCUGAUACAGCUUUGGUAAAAAAGGUUAAGAAAUCUUUCGCGGAAUGCACCUGUCAAAUAAUUAACUCAUCAAACCUUGAGAUUUUUUCCAAAUCUAUUUUGAGUCCAAUCCUAAAAUUGGAUCAUGAACUGAUUGAUGAAAAUCUUAAUGAAAUAGUCAGCAAAAUUCUUCAAUUAACAUCGUCAUCUUGUAAAAUCUGUAUCUUUGAAAAUUUUCUCAACUCAUUGAGGACUAUGCAACCGAGUCAAGAUUCAUCGCCAUCUUCAUUUGCAUCAUCAACUCCACCAACUAAUCUGUCUAAAGUAAUUGAAUGUAUAAUCUGUAAUUCAUCGAUAGAUUUUUCAUUUUCCUGGAUUGAUCUCAUACAAAGUAUACUGAGGCAUAUCCUCUCACCUGACGCAAAUCAACUUAUAGACUCUCUAGCUGUUAUUAUCGAAGUGAUCCUCAAUAAAUCAACUGACCAAGGAUUGGUUAAUCUGACUGAUUUUCUAGACACUCAAUUGAAUCAAUUUCUUCAAGACACUGCAACGCUUACUCCAUCCAUCCGAAUUAUAAUUUCAUGCAACCGUGGUCUAGUCAUCAGAGGAGGUGAAUUUUCAAAUUUUUUCACCAACCAACUUUUAAACCUAAUGCAAAAUCAAAAUGAUGAAUUGAUAGUUUCAACUAUUGCUAAAAACUUCGUGCCUUUUCACCAAGAUUUUAAUUAUUACAACCAUAAAAAUGGCUUCAAUAUAUCACCUUUCUAUACGCAAAAAUAUUUCUACGAAACUUGUCAGCCCUUGUUGAAAGGUUACAACGAAUCAACAGAGUGGAGAAAACGAUCUUAUGCUCUUUGUCUUCUCAAUCAUCUGAAAAAUCUACCCAAAACAGUUAUCCGAGAUGAAAUCAACAAAUUUCAAUCAUUGACCAUCUUCAAUCUGGAAGAAAGCAAUGCUCCAGCGAAUCAGAUGACUGCCUUAGAUUGCCUGAAUCAUAUGGUAGAAGCUCAUUCAGUAACACUGAUUCGAAAUAUUUCUGGAAUCAUAAAUCGUCUUCUAGAGCUUUCAAAAGCUUCACCCUACCUUGAGAUAAGACGUAAAUCCCUUGAUUGUCUUACCACUAUUGCCAAAACAAUUAAUGAAAUUACACUGCUUCCUUAUCGACCUUUGGUUCUACAUUCCCUUAAGAGCGUCCUAGAUGAUCGCAAAAGGAUUGUUCGAUAUGCUUGUACUGUGGCUAAACAUCAUUGGACUUUGAUUGGACAACCAGUCUAAUCAAUUCGAACCUCAAGCCUUAAAUCAUCAGCGGAAUCCCAAAAUUAACUGCUAACUUCUAAACACCUAAUAAAUUCUUUAAUCCUCAAGAAUUGAAUUACAACUAUUAAAGCUCUAAUUUUGGUUUGUUAUUAUUAAUUAUUAAUCAUUAAUAGACUAGUCUUCAAUUUUUAAUUUGUCUGGAUAAAAGUGAUAAAUUUACUUUUUUCGCUUAUAUUUGAAAUAAAAAAAGAGUUUUUGUAAA